AUGGAACCAAUUGGGGUUCUGCGGGGUGGAAACAAUUGUGUUAUUUUUGUUGAAAAUUCAAGUUUUGAAGAAGAAGAAGAAGAAGAAGAAGAACCUGACGAGGAUGAGAUAAAUGAUCAUGGGAAUCAACAUAACCAUGAUUAUCGAGUGAAGGUUGAUAUUCCAUUAUUCUAUAAAACUAUUGGAGUGGAGGAGUUUCUGGAUUGGAAGAUCGGCGUUGACAGAUUCUUUGACGUCAUUGGGCAUCCCUGA